AUGGCUGCUCGGUCAUUGAGAGCCUCAGAAUUGGUCUUUGGUCCCCUUGGACUCUGCAGGAAAACGGAGGGUAAUUCCACCUACUCAAAUCUCGACAGAUCAAAAUCUUACUUCUCCGUCACCGCUGCAAACUACACCCUCCUAACCAACUUCAGUGCCUUCCUCACCGUCUCUGCUUUGGUUCCCCAACAAUCCUCUCUUGUCAAAGAGUACAUUGUCAAUGUCAGAGACACCCAAAAGCUCGACAUAACAUUCAACCCAUCUCCCAAUUCAUACGCCUUUAUCAACGGCAUCGAAGUCGUUUCGAUUCCCAACAAUUUCUACAUGAAAGGCGACAAUCCUAUCCCUCUUGUUGGCUAUCAACAAUUUAUCUAUAUCGAUAACAAGACUGCUAUUGAAACUCUGUACCGGUUAAACGUCGGUGGCAACGAGGUGUCUGUGAAUGACGAUACCGGCAUGUACCGGCCGUGGCAUCCAGAUGACAUGUAUAUAUACGGCGCGGCCGUUGGUUUGGUGCCUCACCUUGAGGUCCCAAUUCGGUACACUAAGACACCGAAUUACACUGCUCCGGCGACUGUGUACACUACGGCUCGGACCAUGGGAAAUGACCCAAAGGAAAACUUGAAGUACAAUUUGACUUGGAUCUUCACCGUUGACUCUGGGUUCCUGUACCUGGCUAGGCUUCAUUUUUGCGAGUUUCAACUGGUGGUAACCACAGAACAUGAGAGGAUAUUUUCUGUGUACAUGAAUAAUCAGACCGCUGAUCAAAAGGUUGAUGUUAUACACUUGAGUGGGGGUCGCGGAAUUCCUGUUUUCAAAGAUUAUGUUCUUUCAGUCCCAGUCGUCGAUGGUCUCCGGAGUAAGGUGGAUUUGUGGCUGGCGAUGUCCCCGAAUAUGGACUCCAAGCCCAGGUACGCUGAUGCAAUCUUGAACGGUUUAGAGAUCUUCAAAUUGAGUAAAUCGGACGGAAGUCUCGCCGGGCUCAAUCCUGAAUACGUUCCCGCACCGCCGGCACCAUAUCCAAAGCUACCGGGCAAACAGAAUAGUAAAACGUCGUUGUCGUUGGUCUUGGCCGUCGCCGGAGGUGUAAUCAGCGGAGUAUUCUUGAUUUCAGUGAUUGGUUUCUUGAUUUUCCGGUGUCGGAGGAGGGUGAGAGACUCCGGUGCAAGCGUGGUCAAGUCAUCAUGGGUCCAAUUUUCAAUUUUGCACACGUCGAAGUCCACGAAGACUAACGCUUCAUCACUGCCGCCUAGUCUCUGCAGACAUUUCUCAGUCACAGAGAUCAAAUCUGCUUCAUCAUUACCGUCUGAAGGGUUGUGUCGUCGCUUCUCACUUGCUGAGAUUCAAUCUAUGACCAACAACUUCGAUGAUGAAUUGGUCAUUGGAAGUGGUGGAUUUGGUAAGGUCUACAAAGGACUCGUUGGUGGUGAGGAAACCACUGUCGCUAUAAAGCGGUUGAAUUCAAUGUCUAAGCAGGGUGCACAUGAAUUUUGGACAGAGAUUGAGAUGCUUUCCAAGCUUCGACACAAUAAUCUUGUCAGUCUUAUAGGCUAUUGUGAAGAAGGCGAUGAGAUGAUCCUUGUUUAUGAGUAUAUAGAGAAUGGUACCCUUGCUAAUCAUCUCUACAAAAUUAAUACCAGUGGAAAUAUUUGUCACAUAUCAUGGAAGCAAAGGCUCAACAUUUGCAUUGGUGUUGCACGUGGAUUGGACUACCUUCACACGAAAUGGGCAUCACAAGCAAUUUUGGCACGCACGUUAGCACAGACGUUAACGUAA